AUGACAGCUGCUUCAUAUCAGUCCCAUGAACUACUUUGCUAAAAGAAUGAGUGUUAAGUCUUUUGGUAUAAUUAGAAUCACGGCCAGAUAGAAAAGAGAAGAAGAGAAAGAACAAGUUAAAAAAUGGCGAAUUUUCAUUAACAUUUUUUUUAUUAAUAAAUAAAAUAGAUAUCUAUUGUUGAAAUAGGCAACAAUAGCAAGGAUUUGCAUAAAUGGGUGACUCUUUUCGACGAGAGAUCUUGCGAGUGUUCAAAAAACUCCAUAGAACAAGGUUAAAGACAUUUGAAGGUGAUGAAUAUGCAUUGCAAGUUGUAAGAGAUAGGAUAAACAAGGAGUACAAAAAAUAUAAAAAUGUCACAAAUCAGGUGGCGAUUGAAGAGUUGAAUAAAUUCGCACAGGAAGUUGAAUGUGAAAUACGAACAAAUGUCAUACAGGCAGUUGAAACAGCAUCUGGGAGAAUAGCUCUGCGACUUACUCCAGAUGUCUUGGUAGAUAAUGUGCCAUGUAAAGAUCAAAAAGAGAAAAAAUCAGGCAAGGAAAGCAAAGAUCAAAAAUAAGCUGAUUUAUAAUAUCAAAUAAUGACCUCUCAAGAAUAAAAAUUGAUUAUUGAAGUUAGUUAAAAAUAAUUUAUAAUUAUAUAAAUUACUAAUGUUUUAUUUUUAGAAAUUAAAAUCUGUAAUAUUUGCAAAUAAUGUAUUACAUAAGAUAUACUAUAAAUGUUCAAGCAUAAAAAGUAUACUACACAUAUUUAGUGGCUUUAAUAGAAAAAUAUGGCUUUAUAAUUAAUCUUUAUUUACAAUAAGGAAAUUACAGAAGGGAACGAUCAAAGUA